AUGAAUCAAACUAUUAAACAAGCUCUAUGCAAAGUAGUGCAAGACACUGGCAAAGAUUGGGACGAUAAAUUGCCAAUGGUGUUGGCGGCCAUCCGAAGUAGUGAUCUGUUGGCCAGUGGAUCUCGCUCUGCCUUUGUCUUCUACAUCAAGGAGCCCUUCACUAGCAGGUGUGUAAAUCAGAAGGGAUCAGAUUAUUAUGACUCACCUGAGGAGGGGCUCUCAGGCCCGGAGCUUUCCCUGGAGUUCUCGGCAUCCCUGAUCCAGAGCUCAGCCUCCCCUACCUCGAUCCGGUGGAUUAAGUCCGAAGGGGGACCCAACCCUGAUCUCAAUACCAACCUGGCCAACAUCAUUGAGCAGUGCCGGAGCAAGAGCAUGCCCAAAGCAUCCAUUGAGGUGGCCAUCAAGGGAGGGGACAAAGGGAAGAGCUCCUCGUACCUGCUCUACGAAGCCAGAGGCCCUGGGGGAUCUGCGCUGCUCAUUGAGGUGCUGACGGACAAUGCAAAGCGAGCCUACCAGGAUGUUCGGCUCAUCCUGAGCCGCAAUGGGGCGCAGAUGUCCGACGGGGCCCGGCACAGCUUUGACAAGAAGGGGGUGAUCACGGUCAGCGGGCAGGACUCUCAGCAGAGGCCAGUGGCCCUGGAGCAGGCCCUGGAGCUGGCGAUCGAGGCCGGGGCCCAGGAUGUGUGGGAAGAAGACGAUGACGAGGAGCGAGCAGUUCUGAAGUUUGUGUGUGAGGUGCCAUCACUGCACCAGGUGCGGGAGAAGCUGGACUCGCUGGGGCUACAGUCGCUCUCCGCUGCCCUGGAGUUCAUCCCCAAUGCCAGGGUGCGGCUGUCAGAUGAGGAGAUGGAGCGGGCAUCCCAGCUGCUGGCCACGCUGGGCGACUGCCAGGAGGUGAUCCGGGUCUACGACAACAUCGAGUAGGGGCCAGCGCAUGGGGGUAGCAGAUGGAUGGUGACAAGGCACGUCGGUCCCGGCUUGGCCUAGUCCUGGCCUAAGAUCAGCCCAUAUGGUGGGCAAUGGGUGCAGCUCAGCUUGAGAUCCUCCUGUAUGGACGGCAACCGGUGUGUGGUUCACAGCUUGGCCUAGUCCCUUGGAUCAGGAGCCCAUGGGGCAACCAUUUCAGGACUCUGCCUCAUCCCGCCCUGGGAUUGGACACCUGAGCGCCACGUGGUUUAGGGCUCGGCCCAAGAUCGGUCUUAAUUUGAGAUUUCUUCCCAGGGUGAACCAUCCCCAUCGCUUUCGGGCCAUUAGUAACAGGUGCAGCUCUCCAGGUUGCCAGCACUGGGUGCAAUCUGGCGGCACUCUCUGGGGCAGAAGCCCUUGCUCCUGAGGAUGGGGCGUGUUCUCUGAGGCAUCUUAUGGCUCCUAACGUCGUCCCCUGGGAUUCGUGACCUGAAUGCCUCGGCUCCCCUCUUGAGUCUGAUCCAGCAGGCCUUCUGCAAUAAGGCCUCCCUGCGUGAUGCUCUGGCAUGUCCCCCUCCCGCUGGGUGGAGGGAGCUUCCUCUGCACCCAGCACCGAAUGCUCCGCGGAUAAAGAGUAACACUGUGCCAAGGCGAUGACAACCUACGGACUUAACACCUCCCUGUUGUGUGACCCCCUAUUCAGCACCCCCAGCAGGAGAGCAAUAGGGAGCGCACCCCACCCUCCAAAUGUACUGUCUGGGGAGGGCGGCCUUUCCCUUACACUGC